GCGGGAGGGAGGGAGGGAGGGAGAGGGAGAUGGUUUCCAAGGAGCAGAAGAAAGCAGCCGUGUAUAGGAAGCUACAACUACUUCGUUCCAUCACAAAUCCCCAUGCACAAAGGAAAACAUCUACUAUGAUAGAUGUGUUGAAGUACAUAAAGGAUCUGAAGCAAAAAAUGGAAAGAGUAAAUCAAGAGAUUGCAGAGGCACAAAACUCCACUGCCCAAAAUUCAUUCCCUAUGCAGGUCCAUGUGGAAGACCAAGAAAAGGGAUUUCUAGUUAGUGUGGUUUCUGAAAGAAGUUGCAAUGGUUUGCUUGUUUUCAUAUUAGAAGCCUUUGAAUCUAUGGGACUUGAUGUUCUCCAAGCUAGGGUUUCUUGCUCAACCGACUUCCAUCUCGAAGCAAUUGGAGGAUAUGUGUUGAAUGAAGGACAAGCCGAUCAGCAGAUAGAUGCACAAGGGGUGAAGCAAUCAGUACUGCAAGCAGUCCAUAAGUGGAGAGAAAGUAGUGAGCAAGAAUAAUCAAGGGAACCUUCUUAUCUUUAACUUUUUUGUUUGUUCCUCUUCUUGUUUCUUUAUUUUUCUCAUAUUUUCUACUUUGAUAAAUUGUAUGCAAAUGUGGGUGGACGAAGUACGCUGUCAAAGGAUAAAUCUUACUCUUCCCAAUAUAUAUAAGUUUGAGUUACAUGUGAA